CACGCCCACCACGGCACGGACGCGCGCACGCCGCCGGCUCCCACUGUAAGGGCGUGAGCACGCCGCCGUCCUCGUCGUGGUGUGCGCGGCAGCUCCGGCCGACCCUGGGGGCGGGGCUGUAGGGGAAAGUGCUAAAGCCGCUGAGGUAAGAAGCCGAGGGCCCAAGGGCCCUCGGGAGCUUGGUGAAAAGGGAGUUAACCCCUAGAAUCCUACCUGCAGGGACUAGGAAAAUGGAGAAGUGAAGAAUUCUACUAGAGAGAAAAUGGCUGCUUCAUCAUCAUCCUCCUCAGCUGGUGGGGUCAGUGGAAGUUCUGUCACUGGAUCUGGUUUCAGUGUCUCAGACCUUGCCCCACCACGGAAAGCCCUUUUCACCUACCCCAAAGGAGCUGGAGAAAUGUUAGAAGAUGGCUCUGAGAGGUUCCUCUGCGAAUCUGUUUUCAGCUAUCAAGUGGCAUCCACACUUAAACAAGUGAAACAUGAUCAGCAAGUUGCUCGGAUGGAAAAACUAGCUGGUUUAGUAGAAGAGCUGGAGGCCGACGAGUGGCGGUUUAAGCCCAUCGAGCAGCUGCUGGGAUUCACCCCUUCUUCAGGUUGAUGCUGCCUGGAUGGUCACCUGUGGUGCAUAGCUAGUUCAGAGCCAGUGGGGGACUUUCUCACAGCAUACAUGGCCAUCCAGAGAGAUCCACAGCUAGGUCGCUGAAUUGUUAAUGCACAUUUGUACUUGGUUUCUCUGUAUCAAUUCACAGGCAACAAAUACUUAUAUGUGUGAUCUUUCAGGGAAUGUUUUUGUUUAUUUGUUUUUAAAAGUAUUGGGAAUCAGAUUAAGACAAUCAGUUUCAGAGAACCAGAAGGUUUGGGGUUAAGAGAUAUUUAUAAAAUUUACACAAGCCAGGUAAGGUACCUAUCAGAUUUAGCCAACUGAAUGGCAUCUGUCCUGUCAUCCAUACAGUGCCUGGAAAUAUUCACCAGUCAAGGUCAAGGUCAGCCUCUGUGGUUAAAAAUAGAGCAUUUUGACCUAAAAAAGUUAUUUUGCAGAUGAAUGUGAUUUCAACUCAGGACCUAUCCAAAUGGGGAAUUUUCAAAUACUCAUUUUUUUCCCCUAUUUUUAGACAUCAAUUCUAUAGAUUCUGACUUUUUCUACCUUCUUCUAGACAUGCCAAAUGCUGGCAAAAAAAAAAUUGCUUUUUGGAUAUGGCAGCACGUGCAAAAAUAAAGCAGUAAGCAAAAUCCUUUUAAACACGGAAAUCCUAAGUUCAUCUCAUUGGUGAACUCAAGCAGUUCUGUAGCAAAUAAAUCCUUUGAAAGAGCUCCAAA